AGCUGCUCUACGAUAUGCUACGCACCAAUCACACCAUUAAAGACUAAUUUUCCAAUAGAAAUAAAUAAUGCACGGCAGAGGAACGGUCAAAAUAGCUACCACUUAACUAUUUCCGUACGGUAGCCGCCAUUUUGUUUAAGUGACGCGUGUUCAGUACUAUUUUUGAAUUUUACCGCGAAAAUUCAAUCUAAUGGCUUCAUCGAUUCGCGCGGGUCGCAUUCAGCCAGUGAUUGUUUAAAGAGGUUUUAAUUCAGUGAUUUUUUAAUUGAACAUUAUAAGGAUUGUCACAGUGGAUCCCUUUGUGAAGAGAAAAAUGAAAGUAUUUAAAAAGAAAUUGCGUUUUUCUAUAGCCUCUAGCUACGUUUAGACUUUUGAAAUUUUACUGACUAAAUCGAGUUAGGUGAUUUCAUAUAUCGAGAGCGACGAUUGCAAUUGGAGACUGCAUUGAAGAUCCAGAAAGAUGAAUCGCAGGAGCCGAGCUCAGGUCCUUUGGGCUAUUUACACAGUAUUUCUUAUAAAUAUAACUGGAAUCAACACACAGACAGACACAACAGAAUCAGUUGAAACAACAACUAUCGACCUCAACUACACACAUAGUGAAAGUUUCAGAGAAGCCAGGAAAGAUAAUGGAUCAUAUAUUUUUGUAGCAGACGAUGACGGUUUAAACGCAACUAUAUCAGAAGAUUUUCCCCACGAUGCACCAGAAAGUGCCUCCAGAGUGCUAGUUGCUAAUAAACCAAAUGGCACUAAUGAAUUCAAAAUUGAAGAUCAUAAGGCACCAAGUCCUCCAGUAAAACAUCCAAUCAAAAUGCUACCAGGUGGAGAUGUUCAACCAAUAAUAAGCAAAAAUGUUAAAGAUUCUAUCAGAGCUCAUGUACGGUACGAUGAAGUUACAGGGGAAUUGAUGAAUGGAGAUCACCCAUGUAAUAGAGAAUGUAAGGAAGGCGAAGAGCCGAUGAUUUGCUACUAUCACUUCGUUCUGGAAUGGUACCAGACGAUGAGCAAGGCUUGUUACGACUGUCCGUACAAUUUGACUGACUGUUCACGCCCUGAUUGUAUCCCUGCUGAUGGAAUGAAUCGACCUCUUAACGUGGUUAAUAGAAAAAUGCCAGGACCUGCCGUCGAGGUAUGCCAACAUGACCGUGUAAUAGUCGACGUGGAGAAUGACCUGAUGACGGAAGGCACCACAGUGCAUUGGCAUGGACAGCACCAGCGAGGUACUCCAUACAUGGAUGGAACGCCAUACGUGACGCAAUGCCCUAUAUUACCUGAGACCACAUUCAGGUAUCAAUUCAACGCUACGCACGCUGGCACCCACUUCUGGCACUCCCACUCUGGUAUGCAGCGGGCUGAUGGUGCAGCUGGAGUCUUCAUUGUGAGGAAACCUAAAUCUCAGGAUCCUCAUGGUAGACUAUAUGAUUAUGAUCGAUCCGACCACGUGAUGUUGGUAACUGACUGGAUCCAUGAGUUAGGGAUCGGGAUGUUCACCGACCACCAUCACUCCAGAGGAGAUAAUAAGCCUCCGACGCUGCUCAUCAAUGGAGUUGGCCGGUUUAAGGUCUUCAAUGACACUGCUAAACCUAUGUACAUGAGAGCAGCCAGAUUUAAUGUGGAACAGGGCUACAAGUAUCGUUUUCGCGUGAUCAAUGCCGAGUUCUUGAACUGCCCUAUUGAGUUGUCUGUGGAUGGUCAUAAUAUAACGGUGAUCGCUUCAGAUGGUUACGACUUGCAGCCGAUUACAACCACAUCGCUAGUGACGUAUGCAGGAGAGCGAUACGACUUCAUAUUGGAGGCUAACAAUGAAAUAGACAACUACUGGAUCCGGUACCGCGGUCUGAUGGAUUGCGACGAAGUAUUCACGAAAGCUAAGCAAGUUGGAGUCCUGCACUACGAAGGAGCUAUGGAUUUGGAGCCGCCUGGUGACCCCACAUGGGAAGAAUUGCAUAAUGAAGGAUUGCAAUUAAACGCUCUCAACAAGGGUGAAGAAGAUGAAGAAACGAUCAGUGUAGCUGAGAUGAGGUCUUUGGAAGGAUACGACGAUAGUCUCAAGGAAGUUGCUGAUUACCAGUUCUACGUAGCUUACGACUUCUAUGCGAAGAAUAAUUCUCAUUUCCACAGAUCACCUUACUAUGGAUAUUACCAAGUCCCAGUGAAGACAAAUCGUUUGUACACACCACAACUGAACCACAUCAGUAUGAAGUUACCUUCAAGUCCACUGCUCACCGCAAGGCCUUCUACUGACAACUUCUGCAACGCUUCCAGCAUCGACGAGGCCUGCACCGAAGGCUACUGUGAAUGUUCCCACGUCUUGGCAGUCAAACUAAAUUCUGUAGUAGAAAUUAUCAUCGUUGAUGAAGGUGUAACUUUUGAUGCCAACCAUCCAUUCCAUCUCCACGGACAUAGCUUUAGAGUAGUCGGUCUCAGAAGACUUGCUAAAGAUAUCACUGUUGAUGAAAUCAAGGCAUACGAUAAAGCAGGUUUGCUUAAAAGAAAUCUAAAGAAUGCUCCAAUUAAGGAUACAGUUACUGUACCUGAUGGAGGUUAUACAGUCAUCAGAUUUAAGGCAGACAAUCCUGGGUACUGGUUGUUCCAUUGUCAUAUUGAGUUCCACGUUGAAAUUGGUAUGGCUUUAGUUUUCAAAGUAGGUGAACAUAAAGAUAUGGCACCAGUGCCAAGAGAUUUUCCCUCAUGUGGUAGUUACCUGCCAGAUAACAUGUUGGAACAUGCAACUACAGAGAAACCAAAGAGUGAUGGUGCAAUUUCUAUAUCACACUGGUGGCCUGUAGUUUUUAUAAAUAACACAUCAGCAAGUACCAGUGUGCAAGCUUCUGCAUUAGCCAUCGUAUUUAGUAUAUUGUUAUCGACCUUUUUGAAAUCAUAGUUUCGAAUUUUAGGUUUAUUAAACCUGAAUUCUUGGAAUUAAUAAUCUGCAGUAUUGUUAAACUCAAGAAUUCAGUCCUCUAUUGGAAUUUGUACUUACUUAUUAUUUAUUUCUUAUAAAGUGUUAGUAUAUUGAAUAUUUUCUUUGACACGAAAACGAAAUAGCUGUUAUGAUAAAUAUAAAUUGUAAUAUGGAUGUUUUAGAGAAAGUUAAUGGCUUUAAUAAUAUUUUUGGGUAAACCUAACAAUGGUUAUAUCUGCUGUUACAUUAGCAGUGUUAGGAAUAGUUAAUUAGGGGAUUAACAAGAAUUUCUAUGCCGUCAGUUUUGUCUUGCCUCAUUCAGAGUAAUCAAGGUAAUAAAUAAUUAGCGUUUGAUGUAGAGAUUGUAUAAAUAUUAUCUCAUCACCUUUGAGCUUGAGAACAUGAACAUUUAGAUUAUCUACGUGUCAUCAAAAUGUCCUAAAUUUUUCAUACCGUUGUUUCUGUGUUCAUGCUUUUUAUUAGUUAGUAAAUUGUCUGUUUCAAUUAUUAUUUUGUCUGCUAUUUCAUCGCUAUUAGCUUCUUCUGUAUAUUGAAUAGUACUUACUUAUGGAUCAUUAUAAUCAUCUGCUUCAUCGCAAAUAUUAUUACUUACAAGAGAUUAUUAUAUAAGUCUGUGAUUGGUUUUACGAAUCGACCAAAAAAUGGUAGUAUUGAACAUUUUGUAAAAAUGUUUAAAAUAUAAUUGUUAGACGUCGUUGAUGAUAUGUGAUAUUAUUUAGUUUUAUAAUUUUAAUGUAAUUAUUAAUUUUUAAGUAUUUUAUAAAGGAAAAUAAGUACACUUACCU